AUGAAAGAGGCGAUUGUAUCGCGCGGACCAAAAGUCCACAUCAUUGAGAGUGAGAUUCCGAAACCGGGACCGGGGCAAGUUGUUGUCAAGAUUGAAUACGCUGGCAGUAACCCCAAGGAUUGGAAACGACCUGAGUAUUGGGGAAGUAAGGCCUCCAUCAACCAGGGCGAUGAUCACGCUGGAGUAGUUCAUGAGGUUGGCGAGGGAGUCUCUGACUUCAAAAUCGGUGAUCGCGUCGCGGCGAUGCACGAGGGGAAGCAGCCUGGCGGGAGCUACGCUGAGUAUGGUGUAAGCUGGGCAUACACCACCAUUCAUCUACCUGAACACACUUCUUUCCAAGAGGGUGCUGCUAUACCCUUCGCUGCAUUUACCGCAGCUUGUGCCCUCUACGCAAAGCUCAAUCUUCCACACCCAACGCAUCCAAUCUCCGACCUUCAAAAACUACCCCUUAAGUCUAACAUUCACCCUCUCAUCUGCGUCGCUGGUCGUGCGCAAGAUCACGUCGAGAGAAUGAUUGACAGAUCCAGGGGCGACACAGUCAUUGACUACAGAAAAGGGCGCGCGACAGUCGCUCAAGAGAUCAAGGCCAGCCUCAGAGGCGAAAAGCUAGAGUAUGCCUUUGACGCUGUGUCGGAGAUGGGUUCCUACCAGACAAUCUGCGAUGUUCUUAAUCACCAAACGGGGAAGAUCACUCUCAUUAUUCCUGCACAGAGCUAUUCUGAUAUCCCAAAGACCAUUGAGAAGUCGGUCACUACGGUAGCUAGUGUACAUGAAGAUCUGAAGGUAUUCGCCCGGGCGCUUUCGAUAUACUUCGGUAGAGGGCUUGAGGACGGAUGGUUCAAGGCACACCCGCAAGAGGUUGUGCCUGGGGGCUUGGGAGGGAUAGAGAAGGGGUUGACAAACUUGAAGAACGGAAAGGCUAGUGCGGUGAAGUAUGUCUACAAGAUCGCGGACACGCCAGGAAUAGAGCCUCCAUGA